AUGGCUCAGGGAAGAGGCACUAGUGCAAUAGUGAUAUUAUUCUGUAUGUUGGUGGCUUCCUCUGAGAUGGCUCAUGCAAAAACCUUCGUGGUUGGAGAUGCAGGUGGUUGGACCUUUAAGAUAAGUAAAUGGCCUUCUGGGAAGACUUUCAAUGCUGGUGACACACUUGAAUUCAACUAUGAUCCUUCGGCUCACAAUGUGGUGAAAGUGGACGAAGCUGGAUAUAAUUCAUGCACUGCUUCAAAAGGAUCAGAAAAAUUUCAGUCUGGAAAUGAUCACAUCAAUCUUGUCAAAGGAACAAACUACUUCAUCUGCACUUUUCCUGGUCAUUGUCUGGGUGACGUGAAAAUUGCGGUUAAUGCUGCAUGAUAUAAGCCUAGUUAUCUGUCAUAUCGAUAUCUAGCGCACCUCUCUUUUUCAUCAGAUUUUUAUCCUUUUCCUUUUCUAGUAUUUUAAGCAUCUUAAAUAACGAUGAUAUCAUCCGUUUUGGAUGAACCUAGAAAAUAAAUGAGUGCGAAAAAAUUGGUGUGUCAAUGUGUACGUUUAUUAAAGAUGGAUUCAGUCACAAUUGACGAGAAACAUUUUUACGGUAUUUUGUUUUGGAAUGCUUCUAACGUGAAGCAGUGAAUUAACAGAAUAAAAAUAUCUUAUUUUAA